CUCCUCUACUCUCUUUCCCUAAAACCCUAACACUUCUGUAUACAAAAUCCUCACAGUUUUAUCUUAAUCACCGUAAAAUGACAUAAGACCCGCUUUCCAUUUCCCUCCAAAACCCUAAGUCCUGAUUAACCAUGAAAACCGUCUCCUCAAAACCCUUUUUCUCUGUCUCCUCCUCUUCUCUGUUCCAAUUCAGAAUUUUCUUCUCCCAUUUCUCGACAUCGUCAUUUCCUCCAUCUCGACGACAAGAGGAGGAGUCUCGAAAUGUGAGGGUUUCGGUGUGGUGGGAUUUUGAGAAUUGCAAUUUGCCUGCCGGUGUUAAUGUGUUCAAGGUUGCUCACGCCAUCACUGCUGCCAUUAGGAGCCAUGGAAUUAAGGGCCCCGUCAUGAUCACCGCCUUUGGAGAUGUGAUGCAGCUUUCGAGGACUAAUCAGGAGGCGCUCUCGGCUACUGGGAUCAAUAUUACUCAUGUUCCUAAUGGUGGAAAGAAUAGCGCUGAUAGGUCACUUCUUGUAGAUCUAAUGUACUGGGUUUCUCAAAAUCCUCCACCAGCACAUCUUUUUCUAAUCUCUGGUGAUAGGGACUUUGCUAGUAUUUUGCACCGACUAAGGAUGAACAAUUAUAACAUAUUGCUUGCAAGUUCAGAAACUGCUCCAACUGUUCUCUGCAGUGCUGCUAGUAUCAUGUGGAAUUGGAGUUCACUGGUCCGAGGGGAGAACCUUACUGGAAAGCAUUUUAAUCAACCUCCUGAUGGUCCUUAUGGUUCCUGGUAUGGCCAUUAUAAGGUGCCUCUUGAAGAUCCCUUCUCUGUUGUUGAACAACCAGCAGCAAGAAGUUCACGCAGUGACGAGGUUUGUGAUCCUGCUGCAGAUUCUAAGCCCAGUCCAAUACCAGGGGCAGUUAUGAGACAGAUUCGUCAGAUUUUAAACUCAUAUCCUAAAGGAAUCUCAAUUACGGAACUUCGGGCAGAAUUGAAUAAGGGUUAUGUUGGUAUAGAUAAAGACCUCUAUGGAUAUAAGAGAUUUUACCGCUUUCUUGUGGCGAUGCCACAUAUUUUAAAGGUUCACCGUGUAAGUGAUGGCCAUUUUAUUGUUCGGCAAAUCACUGCAAAAGCUCCUGAACCAUUUGAGUUCGGUCUGGGUACAUCUAAUGAGCGUGUUGGUGGAAGUGGAGAUCAGGACCUCUCAAAGCCUUUGAGGUUGAAUGGUGAGGAAAGCCAUAAAGAUGAAACUAUCCAUGGUAAGACAAUUUUGCCUUCAUCACCUGAAGUUAAUGUGGAAGACCCUUCAAAAAAGAUUCAACAGCCCCCUGAAUCAAGUGAGAAGGUUGUCAGCAUGGAAGUGAAGGAACCUCUAAAAAUAAUGCAACAGCCCACUUCAGCUGAGAAGAAGGUUUCUGAGGCAGCUGGUGAACAGAAAACUAAGGGAAAUCUGUUAUCUGUAGAGAAACAAGAUUCUGCAUCUAAAGUGGGAUUCUUCAGAAAAAUUUGGCGGAGAUGCUUCGGCAGUAAAGAUGGGAUUUCUGAAAUUAAAUGUCAGAACAUUCCUCAAAAAGUUAGUGAUUCAGGAGAUAUCUCUGAGAAGACAAGUCACAACUAUCCUGAAAACUCUUGUAUUAAUGGUGAUAAGUUUGAGAAGAUAAAAGUGGAUGAGAAGAGCAUGAGAACACCAAGUCAAGAUGGUUUUCCAGUUGGAUCUGCUGAGAAAAAAUCUGCUAGAAGCACUGAACCUUCUGAUGACAAUUAUACCCCACGUCCAGGUGCUCUAACUCGAAUAAUAAACUGGUUUAAAUUUCAGCGUAGCAGCCAAGACACUGCUAGAUCAAUUGAUCCAUCUAGUGAAAGACCAAUCAAGAUACACAUUAAUUCUCACAAGCAUGAGGUUUUUAUGAAGGAUUCUUUCUGGUCUGACAUGGAAUCCUUCUUGGAUUCACCUAGAGGAUCAGUCAUUGUCACCCAAUCUAGGACAAGGGAACAGUUGGCUCAAUGUCUGCAGAAGGAAGGCCCUUCAGCUCUUAGAGAUCUCACUGAUAGCUAUCUUCUUAACCUGGUAGAUAUGUUGAUAUCAGAGAAGAAAUGGGUGGAAGAAAGGCCAUCUGAAAUAUCACCUUUCAAACUUAUUCAGCCAGUUGUAAAGAGGUCUUCUUUGGGUCAAUCUUGUGCUGCAAAUGGAUUGAGAUCAAUCUUUUUAAGUACAGAGUCACAAUCCAACCCGCCAAUUCUACUGGAGCUUAAUAGAGAGAAAAAGAUUCAAAAUAUUUCUCAUGCCGGAGUUUCCCCACCUAUCAGUAAUAAGAGACCUUUGGACAGAUCUAGAAAUGACAUAUUAGCUGACUGUCAGAACCUUGUGAAUGAGAUAAUGAAGGAGUACCCAGAAGGAUAUAAUAUGGGAUCGAUCAGGAAACUGUUCCUUGAGAGGUAUGGCUACCAUCUUGAUUUGCAAAAACUCGGUUACCAAAAGUUGGCAUCCCUAAUACAGAUCAUGCCCGGUGUGAAAAUUGAGUCCAGUCGUAUCUUUCCUUCCAGUAAAGUAGUAGGUGGCUCUGAUCAGGAGUUUUUUUUCAAUAACAUUCGAGAAGAUAAUGCCCCAUUAAAUAGCUCAGAUAGUGAAUCAUCUGAGACGUCAAAGAAGAAUGAUGAAUCUGACUCUCUAUGGGAUGAGCUCGGCCCUGUUUCUAACUUGAAUUUUGAUAGAAAGGAAGGGCAGUUAAUGCCAAGGGAUUCGGCCAUAAAAGAAACAAAGAGACAAUAUCCUGAUUAUGAACCUUCUGUCUCUGAUGAUGAAAUUUCAGAUUCGGAAGAAGUCUCAACUGGAACACUUCCAAAAGGGCAAGGAAAGCCAGUAACAGAGGAAGACAGCUCAUUAUUGCAAAUCCUAGAUUCAUGGUACAGCAGUAAUGAAGGAGACAAAAAAAAGGGCAUGUCAGAGAAUGUUGAUGGCGCCAUUGAUUGUUCCACUCAUUGUGUAAAGCCAUCUAGCUCAUCAGAAGUAUUGACCAAGAGUAAAACCUCUUCGGUGAACUGUGGACGGAAGCAAAGACCUCAAAGGAGCUAUACUUUUGUUUCAGACCCAGUUGAGAACAAGAAGGACAAGCUCAUUGAUGGAAUCUUAGGCAGCUUGAAGAAAUCAGCUGAGUGAAUGAUACAAAGCUGAAGGGUUAGUAAAAUACAGGACAAUCAAGCUUUAGGAAAAGGCAAUCAGCUUUUAUUGAUUUAAAACCACAGAGUAGAUGGUGUUAUAAUACCAGUAAGAACAGAGUUGAUUUUUUUGAGCCCUGAGAAUAUGCCAAAUGGCAGCAUUGUUCUUCAAUUCAAUUAAAGCUUUUUGGAUGAUGUUGAGCAUAGAGCAUAGCUUUUUCAAAAAGGGUGGAACAUCACCAUUUAUAUUUUACAUGAGGACAUUCAUAUUGCUCUCUUUUAUGUUCUUGAUAUAAAAAGUUGUCUUAAAGGAAAUGUAACUUCAAGGCUUUAAUUAGUUAGUAAUGUUAACCACUUCUUCCUCCAA